AUGAGAGUGCGACAAACCGACGUCCAGAUCCUGUCACCGGUCAUCCGUCCCUACUAUCACACUUCGAAGGAGCAGUUCGAACUGAUGGCCGCCAUUGUCCAGCACUAUACUCCUGGUAUCCCAUUAAGCGUUGAAAGCCUGCGCACUUUUGUCAGCAAACUCCAGGCGGCACCCCAACAACCUGACUUUCCCACGGAACUUGCACAGCAAGUCCCACCUGCGGAUACUUCGUCAUGCUCGCCGGUCGAUGGCGGGCACUUACUACCGGGUGUCGCUGCUAAGGACUCGGCGUCACCAAUGUCAGAGGGCUCGUUCAUUUCAGAUGCAACACGCCAGCGAAGAUUCAACGGUGCCUCAAGCUACGCGGUCCUUCAGUCCAAAGUCAGCCUGUGCAUCACACGAAGCUUCCCUCGGCUCGCGGCACUGCAACCCAGUGGCACCUUUGACUUGCGUGAAGGCGAACCGCUGUCGAAUAAACAGGAUGCAGCACUUCCCGACAGAAAGACAUGCGAAAGAUGCAGCGUUGUCUUUCUUCGCUUCGUCAACUGCGUAUUUUACGUCCUCGGUCCAGAAAAGCUUUUCGAUGCAAUAGUGAGAGCCCACGGAAAUGCAGAAGUGAGCGUGUCGACCCAAGCCAUGAUUCAGCUCAUCGUUGCUCUCAUUGACGACGAUCCACAUCAUUUUGAGCUUGCCUCAAAGAAGAUGGAGAGUGUCAUCGAGGAGGGGAGUGUCGAGAGUAUCCAGGCGAUUAUUGUUAUGGCCUUGUACCGGCUAAAGAAAAGCCAGCGGAACACUUCUUGGGUCGUCCUCGGCAGCGCCAUCAGAAUUGCCCAGUCACUUGGGUUGCACGUAGCAACUGACGACGAAAGUCCCCUGUGGGCGGAACAGAAAACCAAGCUUUGGUGGUCAUUAUGCGACUUGGAUCAGUGGUUCACCAGCGUUCUGGGGAGAUCGUUAGGAAUCACCGUUGAUCUAAGUACCAUCGGUUCGCCUUCAGAUAAUCUCAUCGGAGCCCCAAACAUGCCGCCCAUGUAUGCCUUCGCCUCAGCACGCCUUACACGGCUUCUGUCUCGUACCCUUCAGUGCAACUCCGAGAAACAUUGCGAUAAUGGCAAUGCUAUCGAUCAGUUGAUUCAAGACCUUUAUGGGUGGUGGGAGAGCCUGCCUCAGCACCUGACCAUACCUGCAGCAGCAAUCCCCCCAUCAUUGUUGCGCGCCACGCUGUACUUACGGUUGAGAUAUCAUUGCAUCAUCGUCUUAUUGACUCAAUCGUACCUGUUUAAUGCUACCUUUUCAGGGUCUGAUGCCGACCAUCGAAUGAACAUCUGCGAAGAUAGCAACAACAAGACUAUUGCAACGCUGAUCGAGAUGCAGGAAAGGGAUGUUCUUACCAGCCACUUCUGGUUUGAUUCGUACCAUGCAGUGACCUGCGGACUGGUGCUUCUAAUCAGAAUCAUCAAGAAUCCAGCGUCUGUCGAUUUGCGAGAUAUGGUGAUAAAGUUGAGGAGUCUUCUUCGAAUGUUUCCUAAUAGAUUGCACGCUUUUGCCGUUCAGUGUUUUGACAAAGUACUCGAAGACAUUGAACACCGCCAGUGA